ACAAGCUCAAGGGCCCUUGGGCCGGAAAGGAUCAAAGGGCCGCCAUCAACCUUAUGCAAACAUGACAUGUCCGACAUGGAUGCACACUUUCACAAUAUAUGAACACAUACAAUUUAUAAAACAUGUUUAUUGAAAAAACAUACAGUUUUUUUCUUAUAAUUUGUUAUACAACCACUGGGAUCGAGAAGAGGAUCCCCGUCGCUUUCACAGGAUCCCCGUCCUGGAUUGAUUCGAUUGACGAAUCCCAGGAGCCACCGGCCUUGGAGCCGCCCUUGGUGCGGGAUGAGGUGGUGAUCCUCGUGGGGCCCGACAAGGGGCAAACGGGGCGGGUGCUCUGGGUGGCGCGGGUGGAUGGGAAACCCAAGUUUGCCAUCGUGAGCUUGAACUACAACAAGGAAUUGCAAGAUUCCGAGGUGAAGACCUUCAACUAUGCCUGGCUCGCGCGCACCAGCAGCUCCUCAGAUCAGCUCUCGAAGGAUGCGCUCUGCGGCUUCGUGGCGGCCUGCGUGGCCUGCAGCGUGGUCUAUCCCAUCGACUCCUCCAAGGUGAGGCUUCAAACGGGGCGCUCCGCCUUUCCGAAGGCCGAGGAGGGCGGCUUUCUCGCGCUCUACGACGGUUUGCUACUGAAUCUGGGCCGCGAGGCUCCCAACGCCGCGAUGUUGCUGGCCAUUUUCAAUUUCCUUAAACGUGCAAUUUUCAACUGGGUCCUCCAACUGCUCAACGGGAGCCUUUCCAACGCCACGCUUCUGCGCUUCGCGGCCAUGGUCCCAGCGGGGGCCAUCGCGGAUGCCGUGGGCUCCACGGUGCGCGUGCCCUUUGAGCUCAUGAACAAGCAGGUGCAGUCUGGCCGGGCGCAGAACUUCUCGGAAGCCUUUGAGGUGGUCUUUUCAAGACCUGGCGCCUCGCAGUUUUACUUCGCCUCUUGGGCUGCGAUCCUGGUGCGGGAUGUGCCCUACGGCACUCUGCAGCUGGUCUUUUUCGAAUUCUUUAAGGAGUUCACUCCGGCGUACCUGGAGCCCUUGGGUUUCAGUUUGUUCGCGCAGCGCUUGGUCUGGGGCUUCUUGGCCGGGCUCUUUGCGGGUGCCCUCACGGUCCCCGUGGACAACGUCUCCACGGUGGUGAUGACGGAAGUGGAGGGCGCCAAGGAGGACAGCAGUGUUCUUGACCUCGUCAAGGGCGCGGCCUCAAAGAUUUGGACCACCAAGGGCUUUGAAGGCUUCUUUGUUGGUGGACUUGAGCGUGCUGGCUACUAUGCACCUGUUGCAUGUCUAUUCUUCGCCUUGUAUGAUACCUUGGUGAACCUCUUUUGAUCCGCAGAAUUCUUGCUGUGAGAGUUCUCUUCGGCCGACCAGAUGAUCUGGAUGGAACUUUCGGCAACGCUUCCCAUGCUCCCAAGCGACGCGGCCCCGGCUUCUGACCCGGCAGCCUAC